AUGGUAGCUGUGGAAGCUUGUGAAAAUCUUCGGAGGCCAUCUCGCCAUAUUGAUAGAAUUUUUCGUAAACAAAGUAAGGAGCUUAUAGCAAAGAACAGGCUACGAAUAAAGGUAGCAAUCGAGACAGUUAGAGUUCUUGGUCUUCAUGCAUGUCCUUUUAGAGGUAACGAUGAGUCAUUAGAGUCAACAAAUCGUGGUAAGUUUAUUGGUUUGAUGAAGUAUGCAGCCAUAUUGAAUGACAAGAUUGCUGAAGUUGUCUUAGGAAAUUCACCUGGAAAUGCAGUGUAUACUUCACCGAAGAUUCAAAAGGAAAUUCUACAUAUUCUCGCUCACAAGGUAAAGGAUACUAUUCGUGCAGAAAUCCGAGAUGCUAAAUGUUGUAUUCUUGUAGAUGAAGCACAAGAUUCAUCAGUUCAAGAGAAAAUGGCUAUUGUUUUGAGGUCUGUUGAUACUAAUGGUUGCAUUAGAGAGCCGCUUUUUGCAGUCAGAAGUGUUGAGGACACCACGACAUUAACUUUAAAGAGAGAGAUUUCCGAAGCUCUUGCUUCACAUGGUCUUUUAGUAGAAAAUAUUUGGGGCCAUGGGUAUGAUGGUGCUAGUAAUAUGAGAGGAGCAUGGAAUGGGUUGCAGACAUUGUUUCUUAGAGAUUGUCCAUAUGCUUAUUAUGUCCAUUACUUUGCUCACAGGUUACAACUAGCAUUAGUAGAAGCAGCUACAGAUGAGCAAGAUGUUUAUCUGUUUUUUGAUAAGUUAAAGGUUAUUGUCAAGCUUGUUGGGGCUUCUCCUAAGCGUCACAGUCAAUUGAAAUCUGCAGCAGUAUUAGAGGUAGCCACAAAAUUAGCUGAUGGUGAACUUGAGACUGGUUCAGGAGCCAAUCAAACUCGUACUUUGAAACGGGCAGGAGAUACUCGUUGGAGCUCAUAUUUUGGUUCUGUAUUCAGUUUGAUCCGUAUGUAUAAUCCAGCUUGCAUAGUCCUUCAAAAUGUUAUGAAAGACGGAAACACCAUUAAGAUAAGGGGGAUGGCGAAAGAUCAAUAUAUGAUGGGUACGAGUCGUUCUUGUCAGCAGAAAGACCAUAUUACUAUUGAACAUCAUUACCGCGUUGAUAUAUUUAACAUUGUCAUUGAUUUUCACCUAAUGGAGCUAAGCAAUCGAUUCACAGAGGAAUCAAUGGAGCUACUUGUGUUUUUUUCAGCUUUCAGUCCAAAUGAAAAUUAUAAAGCUUUUGACAUUGAUUUCCUUUGCAGUCUUGCAGAAAGGUUUUACCCUGAAGAUCUCACGGGGCAAGAGCGAUUGGUUGAAACUGGUAAGUCAAAUGGCUCCUAUGAUUUGAUAGAUAGAUUAAUUCGCCUUGUCUCGACUAUUUCUGUUUCAACAACUAGUGCAGAAAGGGUAUUUUCAUGUAUGAAUAUUGUGAAAACGGUACCUCGUAACAAGAUGGGUAACGAGUUUCUUGGAGAUUGUAUGCUAGUCCAUGUUGAAAGAGAAAUUGUUGAAAAAGUGUCAUGUGAGUCUAUCAUAGAUGACUUUGCUUCAUUAAGACCACGAAAGGUCCAAUUCAGUUAUUUUUCUUCUUCUUUGUCAUCUGUGGAGAAGAAUGGAAUGGUGGAGCGAGUAACAAAAGAGGAGAAAGGCCAAGUUGUUGGUGAAUGGAAUAGCGACGCAGCCAAAUGUAUGGCUUUGAUGGGUUGGGGUGCAAUUCUUAUUAUGGUAUUUGCAUUAGGUAUUAUUGCUUGGAGGAACUUUGAUGGAUAUUCACCAUCUCUUGAUUUCUGUUACCCUACUUGA